AUGUCUGGAGAUACUUGUCUUCUUCUCAUUCCACUGUCCAUGUCUGGAGAUACCAUGUCUUCUUUUCAUUCUAAUGUCCAUGCCUGGAGAUACCAUGUUUUCUUCUUGUUCCACUGUCCAUGUCUGGAGAUAUCAUGUCUUCUUCUCAUUCCAAUGUCCAUGUCUGGAGAUACCUUGUCUUCUUCUCGUUCCACUGUCCAUGUCUGGAGAUAUCGUGUCUUCUUCUCAUUCCAAUGUCCAUGUCUGGAGAUAUUGUGUCUUCUUCUCGUUCCACUGUCCAUGUCUGGAGAUACCAUGUCUGCUUCUCAUUCCACUGUCCAUGUCUGGAGAUACCAUGUCUUCUUCUCGUUCCACUGUCCAUGCCUGGAGAUACCAUGUUUUCUUCUUGUUCCACUGUCCAUGUCUGGAGAUAUCGUGUCUUCUUCUCAUUCCACUGUCCAUGCCUGGAGAUACCAUGUUUUCUUCUUGUUCCACUGUCCAUGUCUGGAGAUACCAUGUCUUGUUCUCACUCCACUGUCCAUGUCUUGA